CAUGUUUGAGGAAAAUUUUUUGUUUCAUUAUUUUUUUAUUCUUAGUUUUCUAAACAUUUAUCCUAAGCAGUUCUUAGAGAAUAUAAAUUCAUAGCAAGAGGAAAUUUUUUGCUGUUUUUGAUAGGAUUGUUUUGAAAAGCAAUGCCACUUAAGAGCCUGGAGGAUUUUAUACAUACUUGGGACAAGCAAUAAUAAAUACUUCAUGAUGAAAACAAAUAGCAUUCCAAAGAAAUAGAAUUUGAAGUUAAUUCUGGACCAGGGAGGGUUUGAAACUACCUGUAAUAAUUUAUGGGACAGAGAAGAGAAUUGCGGUGGAAAUUUAAAAAAAAAACCAAGGUGGCAGAAUUUAAUUAUUUCCUGUUUGCAUGCCUGCCAGAGUUAAGAAGCAUAUUUGAAUAGGUGAACUUUUAAGUUACUGUAGAGGACAGAAGUUAUUUAGAGCCAGUAAUAAACUGUUCUAUAUUUUGAGUACUAAAGCUUGCAUUUUUAGAUGGAAAGCUCUCAUGUACAUCAUGUUUGCAUAGUGCUGGGUUACUCAGUUGUUGUGAGUCAUCUUGGUUAUUGUAUGUGAUUUUAGGUACCUUAAGUGUUAGCAACCUUGAUUUUUCUCUUCCAGUUGGUUUUAUUUCUGCUUUGGAACAAGCUGAUAUGGCCUCAGAAGCUCUUAUCGAUAUAAUCCAAUUUAUGUGGUUCUAGGCCAGACUCUAGACUGAAAUCUUUACAAAUCGCAAGAAUACGGCAGAGUUGCAGUCAUUCUUGGCUAGCGUGAUUUCAUACGAUUUUAAUUUUUACAUUUAAUGUUUUCAUUUAAAAUAUAAGGGAACAAUUUAUAUCUAGAAACUGAAAAGAAAGGAACUGAAAUUUGGAAAAUAAAAUUAUUGUGUGAGGACAAACCUUGUAAUAAGGGUAACAUUAAUGAGUUCAGACUGUAAUGUCUUUCCCUUUAAAUGAGAAUGUGUUAUAGCAUUGUAUUUUAUCAAAGUACCAGAAAAUAAUUGUAAGUCAAGUGAAAUUAUUUCCAAUUUCAGAUCAAGAGACGGGCUUAAUAAUAUACACAUAUUUGCAUGCUUCUGGAAAAUUUUAUCUUGGUCUGUUCAUCAUUUUGCUUAUAAUGAGGAUGUUUUAAAACAGAGGAUAGUUUGGACUGACCUUUCAACAGGAGACAGGCCUGUAAAUCUCGCUGAAUCUUAAUGCUAUUUUGAAGGUAUCAGGUGAUUGAAGGUAUUAUGUCUCCUGUUAAUGACAGCUACGGAAAGAAAGGCUUGGUUUCGGCAAGGCACCGGAUAGCAAUGGCUAAACUAGCACUGGAGACGUCUGAUUGGAUUCGAGUUGAUCCAUGGGAGAGUGAGCAGGAGACAUGGACAGAGACAGUAAAAGUAUUAAGGCACCAUUACAAUGAAUCACUCAGAUUGCUCCAGUCCAAGAAGGAAUUCAUGAAAAACAAACAGCCCAUAGAAAGAUCUACGGAGGAUUCCCUUUCUUACCAGCACUCAGGUCUACCAGAAUUAAAGCUACUCUGUGGGGCUGAUUUUCUACAGACAUUUAAGACCCCUAAUCUCUGGAAGGAAGAACACAUCAAAGAAAUUGUGGAAAAGUUUGGUUUAGUCUGUAUUAGCCGUGCUGGCUCUGAUCCUGCUCAGCAUAUUAAUGAAUCAGACCUUCUAACUAAAUUUCAGCACAAUAUCUUUCUGGUGAAAGAGUGGAUUCAGAAUGAAAUCAGCGCAACACAAAUACGCUAUGCCUUGUGCAGAGGGUUAAGUGUAAAAUAUCUUAUACCAGAUUCUGUUAUAUCCUACAUUGCACAGCAUAAUAUCUACACAGAAGAGAGUGAGCGGAAGAAUGAAGGUGACUUGCUUCAGCCUCUUAAGUUGUGUAACACAACAGUAAACCCACUAAAUGACUGAUGUCUGUAGUGUGUGAAGUGGACAGACCUGGCAUUUUUUCAUAUAAAGUUCUUUCAAAAUUUAUUUCUUGUUCAUGUACAUCAGUCCAAAAUUUCAUUAAUUCCUGUGGUGUUUUAACUUCAUGUUUUUGUAUUUGGAAAUUGGGAUGUUUAGCUGUGUAGCUUAAAAUAUAUAAAGAACAGCUUCCUUGUGAAAAUAAAAGAAAUAAGAUCUUAACAAUAAAUAUGACUCUCUGGUAACACUUAA